AAGUGUUCAACGUUCAUCAUAAACAACGUCAUAAAUUUCAGCGACGGUAGAAUGCAGCUCGUACGCCUGUUCUUUACUGUCAUAUACAAUGUUUAUUGGGUAUAUGGUAGAGUUAAAAUUUUCCCCACCAACUGCGGUCUACAACUGCACGGUAGAACUUUUCUCUUCCUUCUACUUUACGGAAUUCCAGUGAACCUUGUUUGCCUAAAUUUUUACAACUCUUCCUACGAAGACCACACUGCAUCCUCUGCGCACUUUGAGACACUGUCUACAAGACCAACCAUAACGCUCACAGAUGAUUCACAAGGUCGAGGUUCUACAACCUUACUUGGCCACGAAGAUUCUGCACAAGAUUCCACCCGAGGCUUCUUGGAAGAGGUGGCUUCUGUUACACUUUGGUUAACCAAAUCGAGACUUAAGAACGUCUGGUCUUGCCGCGAAUAUUACAAUAAGUCAUUUGUUGGUGUUUCAAAGAAUGAUGCAUUAACACUGCCAAAAGCUCUCACACAGUCGGAGACUUUCUGCCACUGGUAA